AUUGCGAGGUUUACAACUUGGGACGUGUACAAAACAACUAUUUCAACUGCGCUCAGAAGGGUGUAGGAGUUACUGAAUCAACACAGAGAUCUACAUGAGUUUGUAAUACUUUGGAUUUAUUCUACAACAAUCAUUACAGAAAAUGUCCGGGAUAGGCACAGAACUGAUGAAGGAGGGAGCCAUGGACGAUGUGGAUCAUAUCUCAGCGGAGCCCUACGAGGAUGCCGCGACCUUCGAGAAUGGCCAGCUCCGCCGGAAAGGCAGCGACGAAGGCAGCGAAGACAUGGGGGACUUUCGCGUCGAGGAGAUUCGACCCCUAAGCUACUAUGGAUGCACAACGUGGUUGGGAUUCAGUGUGUUAAUAUGCUGUUUCGGAUCCCCCUUCCUAUUCGGUUACAAUAUUGGUGUGCUCAAUACGCCAGCACCAACGAUAAUCCAGUUCUACAAUGAAACGUACACGGAAAGAAAUGGUGAAGCUCCCACAAAGGCGUUCCUUGAGAUCAUGUGGUCUCUCACCAUCGCCAUCUUCGUCGCCACUGGAAUGGUUGGCGCGUUUGUAUCAGGAAUGGUCAGCGAACGAUUCGGACGACGAAAUGCUCUCCUAUUCAAUCACUUGUUCAUGAUUCUUGGAGCUUUAUGUGAAGGGUUAGUGACAGUGGCUAACGCACCCGAAUUGAUGAUUGUUGGACGAGCUUUGAUUGGACUCAGCUCAGGAAUCUUAUUAUGUAUCGCGCCAAUGUACCUGACAGAAAUUGCCCCACGUUCCCUCCGUGGUGCCCUCGGCGUAUGCAACCAGCUGGCCAUUACCUGUGGCAUCAUGGUCGCCCAAAUCUUCGGCCUCCAACAAAUCAUGGGCAACGCACAGCUGUGGCCUCUGCUCUGCGCCCUCACGGGAGUGCCAGCUCUUCUCUCACUUCUUGUCUUCCCAUUCUGCCCAGAAAGUCCUUCAUUCUUGUACCACCAGAGAAAUAGUAAAACAGAGGCUGCAAAAGCCCUGAAAAGACUGAGAAACUCCACCGACGUCGACGCGGAAUUGGAAGAAAUGAACAAAGAGUCAAAAGAGGCCACAUCCCAAACCGAAACCUUCAAAUUCAAACAGAUCUUCGCUCCCGACCUUCGUUUCCCCCUCCUCAUCUGCGUGCUCAUGCAGGUUGCUCAACAGUGGUCCGGAAUCAAUGCCAUUUUCUUCUAUUCGGAAAUGAUCUUCAAGAGUGCCGGAAUCGAAGCAGGCUCUGUCCAAUAUGCUGUCCUCGGAACUGGAAUAAUUAAUGUGAUUGCGACAAUCGUUGCUGUACCUUUAAUUGAGAAACUCGGUCGCCGUCCCCUCCUUCUCGUCCCGAUGGGUGCCAUGGCCGUCUCCAUGAUCCUUAUUACAGUGUCGCUCAACCUGCCCGACGUUGCGGGCAUGCCGUAUGUCAGCAUCGGCUGUGUGAUUCUCUACGUCAUUGGGUUCGCCAUUGGUCUUGGCCCCAUCCCCCUGUUUGUUGCUUCGGAAGUGUUCAGGCAGGAGCCCAGGCAAAUAGCCAUGAGCAUUGCCCUGUUCUUCAACUGGGUGUGCAACUUCAUCUUGGCAAUCAGCUUCAGAUUUAUUCAGACUGCUCUCGGUGCGUACACAUUCCUCAUCUUUCUAGUCGUCAUCAUCGGCGCGAUUGUCUUCAUCUUCUUCUUCGUACCGGAGACGAAAGGUCGAUCGAUCGAUGAAAUCGCCAGAGACCUCGCAUUCGGACGACAAUCAGCUGGGCCAGCGUUCUCCUCACAAUCUAUGCUACUCCAUGAGGGAGUCAAGAAAGACCCGAAAGAUAUCUACGUCGGAACAACAGAAAAAUUAUAAGUUUUCUAGACACUAUGUCCGAGGACAUUUGUUUGAAGAUGUGAUGUCGUGCCGAAGCAAUGCAACUUUCUUGCUCAGUCCAGAUGAUAUGACUUGACAGAAAGAUUUCUUUUGGAGGACUGAUUACUCGCCUUGCCAGCUGUUGACCCGCGGUGCCGCUUUACGGUGCCAGAAUUGUGAUAUCUUUUGUAUGAUCCGGACUAGUGGCGAUGACAACCGACGUGAUGUGAGCUGUUGUGAAUUGCAUCUUGGGAUUGAUAGUUGAUCGUAGUGAGUUAGACUCUUCCUGCGUAGACAUUCGUUCGUCACACUUAGCUGUGCUCAACUGUGGUACCCUUGUGUUUAGCAAUACUGAGUUGACCCAUUUCAAACAUUCACAUUCCGAAAUGAAUAGAGAAAAGGAUAAUGCAUUUUGUAUGUGAACGGCUUCUUUGGUUGGCUGAAUUAAAUUUUUCCAGAAAAGAGUGUUUACCAUUUAUGGCUAAGGAGUCAUACAAAUCAUUCAUGUGACUAUGAGUUUUACAAGUUUUGUCUGGAAAGCCAACCUAAGAACAAACAGGCCUGAAAAUACAUAAAUGAGCUUUUGAACAGAUAAUUCAUGAACUGGAAUAGACAACGCUGUGGCUCCUUGUUCUGUGUCAUUGACCUGACAUUCUGUCUCAAGUUAAACUUGCAUGGAAUGAGGCACGAAGUGAAUGUUUGGGUAUGGCCCGUUUAUUUUCAGAGUGAAAGGGAUUUUUUGAGCGCAUACAGCAUAGGAUGCUGCAAUCUUUGUCACACUUUGAUAAUUCAUUUUUUGCCAUACUUGGCAGAACUAACUAUUGGUGAUGAGUGUUCGGAAAUAUUUCUCUGUCCAUAUAUAAUAAAAGUAAAGUCAUAGCGUCUGUUCCUAAUCAAUAAUCUUGGUUCUUGGGAUGUGGUAAAUAUUUAAUAUGAUCAAAAUCUGUUUCUUGAUGGUUACGGCUAAAAAGAGCAGAUUCAUUUGGUGAUUAGAAAAAUAUAACAAAGAUGUAACUCGACCGUCUAAAGUGUUUAAAAAUAAUACCAAUGUAGUUUGUGGACAUUCAUCACCCCUUGAAAAGGAGGAUGACAGGAGACUCUAGAUUCAGUGGCCGAAUCACGAGUUUAAUUCUGGUUGACGCUGAAUUUUUUGUGUGACAAGUAUAAUCCUUUAUGGCUUGUUGGGUCUCCCAUACAUGUGUGUGUGUUCUAGUUUUGUACCUGACCAUUCAGGCUAAUUCAAUGGAUUUUUCACUCCAACUAAACCGAGAUCUUGUACGAGUGACUUUGGUUUUCUUGAGUGAAAAAUAUUAUUCUGUUUCAUCUUCGAGUUUAUCUCCAAUAGUUGUCCAUUUUGUUGCAAUGUGUGUGAAAUGGUUUUAUAACUUAUCAUGAAACAGAUUUAGAUUCUACAUGAUCUCAUCUAGCUCACUUGUAACAAGAAUGAAUCUCCAUGGCUUACGUAUACAGGGUAAAAUUAACUCCAAUGAGUUCAUUUGCUAACAUUAUGUCUGCAUCAUUUUGGGCUCUUGAGCACAAACUGCCGGUUGGAUUUGUCUGAAGUUAGGUUUUUUUUUUUAUUGCGACCAAAUAGGAUUUCUAAUUUAAUAAUAAUUGCAAAGAAAUAUAAAUUUUGUAACUUUUUAUGUGUAUUGACAUUAUGCAUUUGAUUUACUUUUUCCGCUCAGUACGGUUCAUUCCCCGACCAAUCAGACUCUGAGUGAAAUCUUCAGAGUUUCUUUUGCGUCAAUCUACUCACGUGCCAAGUAUAAAUGUACCCAGAAACAAAAUGUGGGCUAUUCAGGUGACCCCCAAAAUGACCAUUCGGCUUUGCUGAAGAAAACUUAUUUUUCAUAUCUACAUCGCGGCUCAGAUCAAUAAAAACCUAAUAUCGAAGAAAUCCAACCAGUAGUUCGGGCCUUACAGCCCCAAACGAUGCGGACAAGACGUUGAUGAACGGAUUAUGAAUGCACUGCGUAUAUCCGGUUUCAGAUAUUGCCCAUAUGAAAUUCUCAAUUUCUAGUCUGGGUAUAUUUGAAGGUUCACCUUUUAGAAUGUUCCAUUCUCUUGUUGGACUUGUUUUUUUGUGACAACUUGCUGAAUUUUCUGUUGUUCCUUCUCGAUUUUGUCUGAAAACCUGCUACAAUUCUGCACAGAUCGCUGCACGAUUGACACGCUGGCAUUUUGCCAAACUACGGAACAUUAAAACUGAAGUCGUUUGGCAGCUUUUAUUUCAUUGUUUGAGAGGCAGCUGCAUUGUCAAAAAUCUUGUAAGAUAUUGUAAACUACCUCACUAACUUCUGUAACAAUUACUUCCCCAUCCAGUUAAUGAAAAUUAACUGUUGCUCAGAGUGCAGCUAUCUUAGAAUUGUCACCAAAUAUGGUUUACUUUUAGGAGUGUACGUUUUCCUAUUAAUAACUGACCUUUGCGGAAAUUUAACUUGUGGAACAAUUUCUGUCGACAAAAUGCAUUUCAAACUAGAUCUGAAUUCUUCUUUAUCUUAUGUCCGAAUAUUAAAUAAGGUAUACAUCGUAGCAUUGGAGAAGCCUUUCUCAAGGUGCUUCUUCGAUGCCUCUUCAUUGAUAUAAGGAGGUUGCUACAACAAAUGAUGGCUUAAUAUUAAGAUGCUCAAGCUAGCAAUGCAUUAGCAGCUAUAUAUCAUUUCCUUAGAUAGUGUGGCCAUUUUAUCAAAAUGGGUCAAAAACCGACAGCUGAUAUUUUUUCUCAUGCUCUACUUAAGUAGCAAAUAUUUAUAGUAAUAGUAAUAAACACUAUCUCUAAUAACACAUUUUGUUAUAACAAUGAAUCUGAUUGAAAUCAACUCACUGAAAUUGAGUUUGUUAAAGGGACCACAGUAAGUCGAGUUUUUCAAAGGCGGGGGUUGGGAAAUUAAGCUACCUGUACCACUUCACUUUUUCACCAUCCUUAUUUGAACUGAAUUGCACACUCAUGCACCUUAAUUAAACAUGACAAUCAUUAUGUGAACAAACACAUGAUCACUCCUCUAGAGUUUGGAAUGUACUAACCCUUGUUCAGAUAUAGCAACAAGCUGGAUUGAUUUGUUAUAAAAACAGGAUGGUAAGAGUCCUUUCAGAUUGAUUGGGUCGAUAGACUAGUCCCCGAGAAUCUCAGUUCUACCAUUGCAACUUUUGAUCAACAUUGAUUAGGAAAAUUCAUGGAACUUAAUGACCAAUUUAGUCUGCCAAGACACUGGAUACUGCUAUGUCUAGAUUAUGUGUCGUGUCGUUUGUUCAAACUUUUUGUUGUAACUGUUGCUUUUCGUGCUUUUGGCGCUAUGGCUUCCUGUUCGGAGCACUCCGAAGUGAGUUAGCUCUCUGGAGGUUGUCGGUGUCUCUUUCGCUCGCUAACUUCUCAAAUUCAAACGUUGUUUGCAUGUUCGUGUAAUAUGAUACUUCCAGCAUGGAAAUUGGUUUAGUCAAACCCGAUUCUAAAUCCUAAAACCCUUGCUAUACUGUUUAUACUGAGAUAAGGGUACAUAUUUAGCAUGAAAAAGCCUUAAUUGUGCAAUCUUAUCCACCAUAUUUCUUAUACAUGUAGAUCUUUUGAGUAGCUUUCCUUGUUGUCGAAGGCAACGACAAAUAAAGAAUACAACAGUCCAUAGAGUUCAGUCAGCAGGAUUGAACCCAUAUCUUGGACUAUUAUUAUAUGCCUAGUAUAACAGUAUGUAAAUUCGUGGAUACUUAACAUGCCUUGUUAUGCCUAUCAUACCUCAUUUCAUUAGGACUUGUCUCAAAAUGGGCGACUCGUUUCACCCACAUUCAAUAUUGAAUGUUGGUGUGCUGCAGUCGCCAUUAAUAUCUAGGACUCAAAAUCUCAUUUUGAAAAUCAUGCAAAUAAUAAUCGCCAUAUGGUUUUCAUAUAUCUGUUCAGUGUGUAUUGAAGGCAGUUAAAAUAACAGAUCUGGACUUGCUUAAUAUUAGGCCCUACAGCGUCUUAUACUUGUAGUGUACAUAUUUGUCAUUGAACAAUGCAUGAAAGGGUAUGUAUUUGUCUCAAUCUGAGAAAAAAGCCCGUUCAUAUUUGAAAAAAUUAAAUGGAAGGUUUUUUUUCAACUGGAUAGGAUGACAUUAGGCGAACAUGUCAAACAACUUAUUCUUCAUAUCCAUCAUGGCGGAUUGGUUCGAUUAAGAACUAAUCAUGCAAAAUGGAGGAUGAGGUCUUCUAACAAUUUCUAAAAUAAUGUUUUAAGUGUUAAGUUUCAAUUAAUUGUAUGUUGUACAUUGCAUUUUUGAUUAAUGCAAUUGUGAAGUCUGCCUACCUUCAUCUCAUGUUUACUUGUGAUAAAGUUUUAGUGCAUUGUAUGUACACUUCUGUGAUCAGUGUACAGUUAAUGCAUAGCACAAUACAGGGCACAAAAACUAAAGUCAAGUUGAAAAGGAUAACUAAGUUCAGUUGAUAACUUGAGUUAUGUUGAUUACCAACAAAGUUAAGGUAAAAUUUGAUGAAAAGGCUCUCCAUGUCUAUAGCUGGCUCUGUACAAAUGCUCCAGGGAGGCUAGGCAUCCAAGAUUCCAUUGGUAGGAAUAUCUUACUGUGGUGACAUCAAAGUCUGUAAACCAACCAUGGAGGUACUAUAAAACUUCCUGGAGACAAUUGCAACCAGUUCAUGUAUAGAAAUGCAUUUGUACAUCUUCACAUUGUGUGCUGAGUGCAUAAAAUGUAGUCAUCACCCAACACUCCAGUGGUCCAAAAAUCUCACAUCUCCACCUUUCACCAGCAUCGGCACUCUGGUCUAUAAUGUACGUCAAAAGAAUAAAAUCUUAAGAUUCUCAGAUUCUUUUGAUUUUAUAUUUUUUCGUUGACCUUUUCAGAUUGAUGUUAAGAUACGUCAGUUCAUUACCAUUUUUCAUAUACAUGUACCCUGUCAGGGCCACAGGGGUGUUAUAGAUUUGUGCCAGAUUUUCAAACCGUUGGUGUAGAUAUUACGCUUGGAUGUACAUUUGUAUUAUACAUUGUACAUGGACAUAUGCAUUGUACAUGGUCAUGAUAUAAAUAAAAAUAAGCGGGAAGAAA